CAUAGGUCCCCACAAUCCUUCCGCUCCAUGUUCUGAGAAGAAGUGACUUUAGCCUCCGGUCGCCCUAACUCCUUUCUUCUCUCUCCUCCCAUCUGCGCUCCGGACCCCGAGUCAGAAUGGAUGCUCUGUUCAACCAAUGGCUUUGGAGACAGGAAUAUUGGCUUCCCCCUGGAAUAACUUGGGAAGAUAUGAAGGAGACCGAAGAUGUCCAGUAUCCACGUCCUAGGGAUCUUCUCUUCGGUGUUCCAUGUGCUUUUAUCCUCACUGCUCUGAGAUUUUUGUUUGAAAGGUUUGUGACACUACCUCUAAGCAGAAAGAUGGGCCUCCGAGAUAAAUACAAAAGGAAACCGUCUGUUAAACCGGUUCUAGAAGAGUUUUAUUUAAAAAAGGGAAAGCAUCCAUCAGAGCCUGAAGUCCGCUACCUGUCAGCUGAGUGUAAAAUGCAGAUUCGCCAAGUUGAACAUUGGUUCAGAUGUAGAAGAGACCAAGACAGGCCAAGCGUAACCAAAAAAUUCUCUGAAUCCAGCUGGAGAUUUACUAUGUACUUGAUUUCAUUCCUUACUGGAUUUUCUUUACUAAUCAACAAGCCAUGGUUUUGGGACCAGAAGGAAUUCUGGACGGAUUAUCCCUAUCAGCCAUUUGAGUUCUCAUCGUACAGCUAUUACAUGUUGCAGCUAGGAUUUUACUCAUCAAUGCUCCUCACUUUGGCUUUUGAUAUAAAAAGGAAGGACAUGAAGGAGCAGGCAGUACAUCAUUUUGCCACCAUCUUUCUCAUUAUUUUCUCUUAUUGUGCCAACUACAUAAGAGCAGGUACCUUUGUGAUGCUUCUACAUGAUGCAGCUGACUGCCUUCUUGAGGUAACAAAGGUGUUCAAUUACAGCAAGUGGGAGAAGACGUGUAAUGUCUUGUUUAUCAUUUUUGCGUUGGUUUUCAGCUUCACUCGUCUGUAUAUCCUACCCACAAGGGUCAUCUAUAGUACAUAUUAUUCCUCCAUGAUAAGAUUCCAGCCUUUCUUUGGAUAUUAUUUUUUCAAUGCUCUUCUAAUGACACUACAAAUACUUCAUUGUUUCUGGGCUUACAUGAUUCUCCGAAUGAUAUAUAGAUUCACAUUUACUGGCGCGGUCGGUACUGAUGUUCGUAGUGAUGUGGAAGAGAGUGAGGACAGUGGACAAGAAAAUAGUAGACCAUCAGAGAUAGAGACCAAAACUGUCUACUGGAACAUUAACAAUAACAGUGUUUCUGGAAAGACCGUAGACAAUGGAGUGGCCAGAAUGAAUAAUGGACACUCGAAGACUAGCUAACUGAAACUAUUGGUGGGCAGCUAUCCAAAAUGUAUUUAUGGUUCUGUGGAAUUCACCCUUCAAGCUUUCUGGCUUAGUUGCUUGGCAGAUACCCUACACGUUACAGACACCCUACACAUUACAGAGCAGAGUAUCUAGUUUACUAGCACAGUGAUGCCUGAGUUCUAAGACCUUUUAACCUGCGGGGCUUUAGUCACAUGAUACUGACCUUAAAUGAAUUAAGCUCUUCAUCAUAACUAUACGUAAGGCUUAUAUCUUACACCACAUACUACAACUAUAUAAACUCAUGACUCCUUCAGUGACUUUGUCGUCUAGAUACUUUCUUCUUCAUAUAGCACUCUAUAGCGUUCUGCUGUGAUGGGCAACUCCAGAGGUUUUUCAUACUCAUAAAUAAUAUCUUCUGUUUAUAAUGUAUUAAUGAGACAUUAAAGGGGUUGUUUCACUUCAACAAAUGGCAUUUAUCAUGUAGAGAAAGUUACUACAAGGCA